AUGUUGGAGUUUGGCGGCCAGGAGUCGAAAGGAUUUAUGUACGCGGAGGCGGAUGGUCACACGGGCUGGCGCCGUCAGCCGCUCGUGAACUCGUCUCGACAGCGGACCAUCGGUUCCCUGGGGAAACUGUUUUUGGAAGAUAUUUCUUUUCAUAUUUUCUGCUUUCUCAAAUUCGUUGUCGCUUUUCCGCUCGUCUAG